AAGAAAGAAAGGAGAGUAAAAGUAAAGAGGAAACGAAAGGGGAAUACUUGGGUGAAAAAUGCGGUUGUUUUUGCUAACCGGUCUACUGAUCCUGACGAGACUGGAAAGUAGCCUUUCGGAGCCUUCGAACCCGCUUAAGAUGGUCUGGUCAGCCCUUUACCCUGACUCAUCGAGCGACGAUAGCGAGCUACCGGAAUGCACAGGCUGUGCCCAGAACCGGAUAUCGUCGAGCGACCCAAUACUCACGGAAUUCCGUGUCGAGUACGUCAAGCAACAGAUACUUAAGAAGCUGAGACUGUCAAAACCGCCCGAAGUAUCGAUGUCGCUUUCCACUUUACCGAAGCCCUUGAUUAACGGAAACGUCCUUGAACUGAGACCCGGGAUGCCUUCGGGACCGGAAAAACAAGUGGAAAGUUUCUACGGAAAAACUGACCAGCUAGUUGUCUUUCCGAAAGAAGACGCGGAGAAUGCUGAGAAUUGUGAAUUCGACACGAACCACUUGUCGGGCAUAUACGUGGCCGAUUGUUUUAAAUUUUAUUUACCAAACGAAAUGCAAUUCGUCGGCGUGACAUCGGCGGAACUAUGGUUUUACAAGGAAGCUGACAAAAACGAUAUAGUCAAUCAAACCUUCGUUAUAUCCGAACUGGAUCACUGGGAUCAAAGACGCAGUUUUCAGAAGAACAGCAUAAUGGCGAUAUUCGAAACGUCGGUCGAAGAGGGUUGGGUGAAGACUGACGUCGGUUAUGCGGUGAAGAAAUGGGUCGAAGAACAGAGUCUGAACCACAGUUUGCAGAUAGCCUGCAGUACCUGUUCAACCGAUCGCGAUACGCCCUUAGUCUCGAUCGAGCAAACACUCAAGCCAUUCCUGGUGAUUCACACGUCCCCGUUGCCGCAGAAAAAUCGACCUAAAAGGAACUCGAACUGCUCGCCGGAGAUGAAGGAGUGCUGCAGAGACGAGCUCUACAUCAGCUUUGAUGAAAUCGGAUGGAGCGACUGGAUCCUUCAUCCACCUGGAUACCACGCUUACUUUUGCCGUGGUUCUUGCUCCUCCGUUGCAUCCUUGACCGUCAAUGGAUCACCGCACAGCAACGUCAUUAGAAAGUACCUCACGAAACAUGGAAACGGACUUCGUAAGGGGAACGAGAUCGCGCCUUGCUGUUCGCCAACCCAGUUGUCACCGAUACAACUCUUCUUCGUAGAUUCAAAUAACACGCUGGCGCGAAAAACACUGCCGAAUAUGGUCGUCGAGGCCUGCGGGUGCAUGUAGACGAUCCGCACGCCAUCUAUCUAGUCCGAAAUUCUGCAGGAUAACAUUCGAAUAACCCUUCAUUGAUAAAAUGCCGGGAGGCGGUAGUCUA